CAAGCGAUUAAUUUGAUACUUGCCCUCUUUCCUCAAACGCUAAAUCAAUGCGGGGACCGAAAUCGAGCCGAGGACCCUACCAUUUAUACCUUUGAACUUCUGAACCACGUGUCGGUGAUAUAAGGUUACUUGCGUCGUUUCCAAUAGAUGGCAAUACGUUCAAUGUCCAAAAAACAAAACAGAAGUUUUUGGUUAAGUUGCCAAUUGAAGUUCGUUCAAGUUGCUCGAGCGUCAAUGUAACGAUAAUGACAACUCCUCUUCAAAUUCAACUCUCGAGUGCUUUAGGGGGUAAAACGAAAUACCUUGCGGAGUUGAAGAAAACAUUUGCGCGUCCAUUGAUACAACUUGCAGUGAAAGCAAUAGAACUAGAACAUAUAGAAGAGGGCAUAUUAGAACGGAUAAGCAAAAAAUAUAGCAUUCCUGAAGAACAUGUAGACGAGUAUUAUGCUGCUAUUCUUACGAUUUUGAAGAUACACCUACGCUCGCAAUGCCAUAAUAUUAAGCCUGCAGAGUUCAAACAAUGCCUGGAGGAGUUGAAAUUGAACCCAGACUGUGCGGAAGAUUUAUCUUCUGUAAUCUAUGGUCCAAAACAAGCGGACCUGUUAUCGGGUUUAAUUCAGAGAACAAAGUUUAAUCCGCAACUUGUGUCAUGCAAAUGGCGUGUGGAUAUUACUAUCUCGUCCAACAUAUUAAACAGAGUGCUGGAGCCUAAUGUCAUAAUGGAAUGGAUCUUCGAUACGAGUGAAUGUGUAACGUUCGAAUUAUCUCUGGCAAAGUUUCAUCAGUUGAGGCACACUGUGGCUACCAUUCUUGUUGAGUUACAAGCGUUAGAGCGGCACAGCAUUUUUAAGACUAUUCUGUCGAGCUGAUAGUAAUAGACUAUUAACACUUUUUUUUUAAUAGCAAUUAUGAUACAUCAACAUUUUCUCUGCGGUGAUCUAUUAAUUCUAAGCUAUAUAAGUGUUAACGUAUUAUUCUAUUUUGGUUGAUACAUCCACUUUAUUGUAUCUUAAAUCUCAAUAAAAAUUAUUUACAUUGUAA